AUGGUACAAGAGUAUAUGAGUACACCACGGCUGCAUCUUCAGCCGCUGAACGAGGCGCACCUCGUCCACUUCAAAGAGCUCAACUCGCGUCCUGAAGUCUUUCGAUUCAUACACCAGCGAGCGCUCACCGAGCAAGAAGCCACCGACGAUCACGCCGCACGAUUGGCAGCCGGCACGCCCGUGCCCGGCCUCGGUGUCUGGUCUGAUCUCUUGGCCGACGGCGGCGAAUUCGUUGGGUGGUGGGCACUGUCGCCCGUUGGUUGUGGUUUAGCCCAGGCUCUCGACGACACUCAACCAGACAUUGUCCUAUCGCUGCGAAACGUCCAUGAGUUCAACAGUAUAUCUGAGCGGCCAGAGCUACGAGAUGCCACAAUCAGAACCAGGCCAUGCCGCAACGUGAGCCCCACGCACUACAGCGCCAUCCUCCUCCAAAUCCAGGCAAACGCGACCACGGCCGCUGCAUGCGCGACUGAUGUAUUCUCUGAGGCGCUGGCUCCACGGCUUUACAACAACGACAUAUUAUUCUAUGCAGCAAAAUGGGAUAAACUGGAGCUCGCCAAAAUAGCACUGAGAGCCACGAAAAAUGUUAACAAGCGGGAGCCGGAGCGCAAAGUCACCGCGCUUGCCAUGGCUUUCGAAAACGGGUUUGACGACGUCGCCAAGCUCAUACUUCGGGAACCUGACGUCGACGCUGACGCUUUUGCCAGAGGUGGCUCCCGGAACAUGACGCCUCUUGAGCAUGCUGCGCGAACGGGCAAUGUGGAAAUAGCCAAACUUCUCUUGCAAAGCAAUGCAAAGGCGCAGAUCAAAAAUUCCCCGGGCGUGCUUGCCAUAGCAGCUGAGAGUGGCAGUGUGGAAAUGGCAGAAUUGUUAUAUAACAACGGCUCGUGCGUGAACGAAGAAUACCCUUGCUGGACGGCUGAGGAUAUAGAAUGCGCUAGCGAGACGGACGGGAGCGAACAGUCCGCCAGCACGGAUGAGAGUGAACCAUAUGAUGAUGAGUGUCGAUGGCCAAACCGCGGCCGGACUGCUCUUGUCAUUGCCGCAUGCGGACGGAGAGCGCAUCUUGUUGAGUGGCUGUUGAACCGCAAUGAGAUACAGCUCAACAGCGCCAUCUCUCAAGACGCUUUAUCUGAGGCAGUGCUGAGCAACGAGGAUGAGUGUCUGCUGAGAUUACUGCGGUCGCCCAAGGUCAGCGUGGCCGACGAGUGGCUUGAGAAGCUACAUCGGAAUAUGCCCAACCCCCACCUCUAUCAAACUCGGUCGAUCUUAGGAUUGUGUAUUGGAAAAUCAGCGGCAGAGUAUCGGCAGGCUCUACAAGCCCAUAGCAGUGUUCUCGCUACCCAGAGUCCUUACUUUUCCAAGGCAUUGCUAGGCAAGUACACUGGACAAGAUGGUCACAAUGUUGCGGCUCGAUUUAUCGAGAAUAGAACCGAGACUUCAGUUUCUCUGAAAGAAGCGUUCAAGCAUAUGCCAGAUAACAAGUGUACUGAUGAUGAGAGACUCACACGAGAUGUGCGGGUGUACCAAUUUACGGAUUAUUUCGGCAUCGAUGAUUUUCAAGUCUACGAUUUGGGAAAACUCAAGACCAAGGCCAAAAGCUUAUGGACGAGCCAGGGGUUCAUUGACUGCAUACCAGAGUUAUACGCUUCGACCACAGAUGCUCAAUGUCAGAUGAGGCGAGCAGUGAUUGACAUUAUCUGCGAGCAUUCGGAAGACAUUUCAAAAGUGCUUGAAGAACCUCCUGUGCGAGGGAAGCAAUUCGCUGCGGACUUGCUGAACCGACUAUCGUCCGCGAUCGGCUCAAGUCUCGGCUGUUUUGAGAAUUUUUGA